UUGCCACCCACCAAAACUGCCAUAGAGCGCGAGUCAACUUCUUCAUCCACUUUGUUUGAUUCGUUCUGUUUCCGCGGCAGCGUUAUGAAGAAGCGAACGCAGCGGUUCAAACGAGUCGCUAAACCGGGAUUUCCGGUUCCACCAACCGAACCGGCGGAGAAAACUCGGCGUUCCAAAUCAGUGAAGCUGAGCGCUAAACCCGAGUCAUCAGAAUCAGACAUAUCUUCCAAAAAGAUGGAAACUUUGCCCCGCGAUUUCUUUCAAAUCGAUGCGUUGGACCUUGCCCCUCGUUUGCUUGGUAAGUUUCUUCGCAGAGACGACGUCGUUCUUCAGAUUACUGAGGUUGAAGCAUAUAGACCAAAUGAUUCAGCUUGUCAUGGUAGGUUUGGAAUUACUCCAAGAACUGCCCCUGUUUUUGGACCAGGUGGGAAUGCGUAUGUUUAUCUUUGCUAUGGUCUCCACAUAAUGCUGAAUGUUGUUGCUGACAAGGAAGGAGUUGGUGCUGCUGUUUUGAUACGUUCUUGUGCUCCCAUUAGUGGAUUGGAUGUCAUUCAACAGCGCCGAGGUCAGAAGACUGAGAAACCUAUACUUCUUACCGGUCCUGGAAAGGUUGGUCAGGCACUGGCUCUUUCAACGGAAUGGUCCAACCAUUCUCUUUAUACUCCUGGUGGUUUGGAACUCUUAGAUGGUCCAGAGCCAGAAAACAUACUGGUAGGUCCACGUGUUGGUAUCCAAUACGCUUUGCCAGAGCAUGUCAACGCUUUGUGGAGAUUUGCCAUUGCGGGUACCCCUUGGAUUAGUGCUCCAAGAAACACUCUCAGGCCACCAUUAUAGCGAAGCAGUAAUUUGAUGGAGAUAAGUCGCUGGGUGAGAUUGAUAGUUAGCAGAUUACGUAAAUUUCCAACGUGUAGUCGGAAAUUUCUACAAUAUUCCUGUUUCCCCCACUUUUUCAUAUAUCCUUCAAGUAAAAAUCAAACAUCAAUGCUUAUAUAGUAAUAUGUAA